GUAUAUGGGUGAUUCUUUUACUGUGGGGCUUUUUCUUUUCCCAGGGUAGAUUUUCAAGAAAGAAAAAUACUUCAUACCCCAACCCAGACUUAUUAACGUUGCCUGUCUAAUAGUCAUGCAAACUCAUUCAAUUCAUUCAAACUUUACUUUGCAUUUUCUCAUAACUUAAAUGAUAGAUUUCAAUUCAUGUGGUUUAUAAUGUGUAAUUUACACUUUUUUUUUUCUUAUAUAUGGCUGUUCCGGUCACUCAUCUUUUAGAGAACAAUUUUAAAACAUUUGCUAAAGUAUUUCAGUGUCUGAACUAUUUCUGUCUCACUUCCAAGGGUUGAAAUUCUGAAAAUGAAUUGAUAGUUGGUGUUACUGAUCAGGUUCAGUCUAUUUGGGGAACAACUAAAGGGUGUGACUUUCCUGCUCUAUAUUUGAGGAUUAUGAUUGCAUUUUAAAAUAGCCUUUUAAAGCCUAUAUAAUUGUAGACUAAAACAGUCACACACUGUCUCUGCUUUUCAAGGCUCACAGGGAGACUCUGGAUGAAACCAUGAAGGGGAUGCAACUUGGCCUGCUGAUAGGCUAUGAAGGUGCUGAACGGGAUGCCUUUCCACGGGAGGUCUUCGAGAUAGCUGUUGUGGUUGAGGAGACCACAUUAAAGAUGUGGCAUGCAGCUUUGCCAUGCUCAUGGGUGUCAUCUACUGUGUCAAUCUCGAGUACCCAGAAGCCAUGAAGUAUUCCUUUUGAGUUUCUUCAGAGAGUGGUGAUGAAGAUAAAACCAGACCAAGCAUGUGCCCGCGUACAUGGACUAAGAAAUCCUGAGACAGCUGAAGCUACAGACGCUGAGAAGGAAAAAGAGAAGGUUAUCAUCAUCUUCAGCAUCAUCUCCAUCAUGAAGAUGCUGACUGUGGCUGCACUUGUUUGUGCCAUGAUGGCUCUGACUCGAGCUGCUGCUCUUCCAGAGGCAAACCCCGAAAAUGCCCAACAAGCAAAGAGUCACCUGGUCAAGAGGGCCACAUUUUGUUCUGGUCGCUGGUCUGAGAUAGAUGGUCGCUGUUUCCUCUUCGUUCCAAGAGCCAUGACUUGGUCUCAAGCUGAGAGAAACUGUCAGUCCUUAGGUGCAAACCUCGCAUCCGUACGUAGAGCUGAGGAGUAUCAUCAGAUUCAAAGGCUGAUAUCCGAUAGUACUCAUGGGAAUACGCUGGCAUGGCUUGGAGCCACUGACGCUGCACAGGAGGGUGUUUGGCUGUGGAAUGAUGGUACGCCUUUCGCCUUUUCAUACUGGUGCAGGGGAGAGCCAAAUAACGCUGGAUAUCAGCACUGUUUACAAAUGAAUUAUGGAGGUGACAAAUGCUGGGAUGAUAUGCAGUGUCACAAUCACCUUCCAUCUGUCUGUGUUAAGAAAUCCUUCCAAUUCCGGGCCUGACACAGAGGCAUGAAGCACCUGGAAAAAUCACAAACACGGGCAGAUGUUCUUUAAACUCAUCUCUCUUCACGCCAUCAGUCUCAUAUGUACCCUGAAGGCUCUAUAUCUCAUUUCAUGUCUUUAUUUUAAUUUCU